GAGGAGAGAGAAAGAAAAGAUAGAGAGAGAAAGCAGAAGCAGUAGGUAGAGGAGAGAAACAGGCGACCAAGAGAGAAGCUAGAGAGAGAAAGAGAUGAUGGCGGCGGCGAAGAAAGGCCAUCUGAAGAAGAAGCGUCGGAUCCGAUCCGAACUCGCAGAUCCGAGCCGGUAAACUCACCGCCAGAGGCUCGCCGGAGCUUACGUCCACGUCAGACUCGGUACCGUGCCGACCUCGAGGACGAGCUCGAUCUCAUGAUGAAGAAGAGCAAGAGCAAGGGAGGAGAAGCUCAAAGCUAGUCUUAAAGUUACCUCCUAUUUCAGCGGCGCGGUGCUGGGACUCGAGUCCCGUCACCGCUCCCAAAUCUCGCGCGUCACCGCCCUCGGAUUACUCGCCGUCGGUUUCGUAUCGGUCUGCCACAUCAGCAUCGGAGGAUGAUGAGGAUGAAGAGGAGGAGGAGGAGGAGAUUGUGAAGCCGCUGAAGAAGCGGAGGAUUGAUAGGGUUCAGGAUUCGGAUGGAUCUGGUCACCGGGAGGUAACUUUAGCUUAGGAAUUUUUUAUUUGGUCCCUUACAAAUAUAUUAGCUCAACUCAGUGGCCAAGUUGCUGCUGCGGAUUUUCUUUUUAAUUAAAAAGUUUUGUGGAAGGUUGAAUUAAUUGUGUUUGUUUAUGCUCAGAAGAGUAAGAGGAAUGGUGUUCUGAGACCAAUUCGAGCUGUUACAGGGACUCCAAUGCCGAAGAUUGAUGAGCUGGAAGAGAUUCUUGAUAAGCUUCAGAAGAAGGACACUUACAAAGUCUUUGCUGAGCCUGUGGAUCCCCAUGAGCUUCCAGAUUACCAUGAUGUGAUUGAGCAUCCAAUGGACUUUGGCACUGUAAGGAGGAAGCUUUUGAGCGAAAAGUACCGAACAUUUGAACAGUUUGAGGAUGAUGUCUUCUUAAUCUGCAGCAAUGCCAUGCAGUAUAAUGCACCUGAUACUAUCUACUUUAGGCAGGCACGCUCUAUAGAAGAUAUGGCACGGAGAAACUUUCAGGAAAUAAGAGCUGAUCUUAUGUCCAAAAGAGCUGAAAGAAAGUCUGAAUCCUCUAGAGACAAGAACACUAUGAGGAAGCUCCAGACUGGAAUUGCAUCCAGGCCAUCAAACUUUGAUAUUUCUUCGUCAGAGAAGAAGACACUGAGGCAGCCUUAUAGAAAUACAGUCGAAUCGCCUGCCUUUGAUAUUCCUUCCAUGGAAACAAAGUCUCUAAAGAAGAAGUACAGAACUGCACUGGAGCCACCAGGCCCUGUUGCUCCCCCUUCGGAAAAGAAAAUACUGAAGAAGCCCCAACAUAGAACUGCAGAUGAACCACCAGGCUCUGGUGUUUCAUCAAUGGAAAGGUCCGAAAGGAAGAUACUAAAGAAGCCCCAACAUAGAACAGCACUCGAAAUGCGAGGAUCUGAUGUUUCCUCUUUGGAGAAGAAGACCAUAAAGAAGUCCCAGUUUAGGACUGCACCCGAACCACGAAGCUCUGUUUUCUCCUCUAUGGAGAAAAGGACGUUAAGAAAGACCCAGUGCAGGACUGCACCUGAACUAUUAGACUCUGAUAUUACCCCCAGGGAGAAAAUGAAGCUGAAAAAGCUCCGGUGCAAAACUGAACCUGAGCCAUAUUGCUCUGAUUUAUCAUCUCAGGAAAAUGAACAACAAGAGGAGCAUCUGAAUAGGAGGACACCUGAGCCCUUUGGUUCUGAUGUCUCCUCUGGUGCUACACUUGCGUCAGCUGCAGAAGCAUUCACUGAGUUGAGCAAAAUUCAUGCUAAUGGUAAUGCCCCAGCUGCAGAACCAUGCACAGAGGUGACGAAAAUACAGUCCAGUGAGGCUGCCAUGGAAGUAGAGGAAGACACUGAGUUGAUCACAAUAAAAGGUGGCAGUAUUGAGGGGUCAAAUGGGUCAGCGGGUGGAAGUUCUUGUCUUAAUGAGAGUAAAUCAGAUAAGGCAGAUGAAGUUCCAGCUAAGAGCUCACCCUCCAAGCUUGGGAUGAAACCAUGUGUAGUUGAUGUAAACCGUCGAGCGACUUACAAUACAUUGGAUGAACAGUCAGUUGCGGGCACUGACUCGAUAUUUGAUGUCUUUGAGGGAGAGACAAAGCAGUUGGUUGAUCAGGUGGGCCUUAACUCUGAAUAUUCCUAUGCCAGAAGCCUUUCUCGUUUUGCUUCUUGUCUUGGACCUAUUGGCUGGGAAAUUGCAUCCAAAAAGAUACAGCAAAUCUUGCCUCCUGGGGUAAAAUUUGGUCCGGGAUGGGUUGGGGAAUAUGAGUCUUGUUCAACUCCUAUUCUUUCUCUUGAAAAGAACAACCAGCAGCAGCAGCAGCAGAAGCUGGUAUUAACAAGAAAGGGCAAGGGGACUGAAAUCAAGUCAGAAACCUGUUCAGCAGUAUGGAGAAAGGACAACAGGAACAAAUCAAUGGCGAAGACCACUAAAAAUAGCCAACACAAGGACACGGCUUUUGGUCUCCCUAGUCAGAUGACCACUGUAAUGCCCUCUAAUAGAACAUCUAGUUCUUCAAGUGAGCAAAGAGAUAGAACUCAAGAACAGAAACAAGGGCUUUUUGGGGUUAAUCUUGAACUGAAGCCGUGUACCAGCAGGACAACACAGCAGCAGCAGCAGCAGCAGAAGAAGAAUCAACAAGCUGGUAACGUAGCCAAGGCUUACACUAAUGGAAGAGCUGAGCAAAGGGUUGAUAUCUGCUCUGAAGCAUCAGUAUCUACUUCUCCAGCAGUAAUUUCUAGGGGAUGGAACCCAGUGCAAACUGAAACUCACAAGCUGCAGCAGACCCAGAUGAAGCCACCAGCCAGUGAUUUGGCCAGAGCAUACGCUAAUGAAACAGCUGGGCAUAGGGUUGAUAUCUGUUUUGAUGGCACAAAAUCUACUACUACUGCAAUAAUUCCUCGAGGAUGGAACCCUGUGCAGACUGAAGGCCAGAAGCUUGAGCAACCUAAGAAUCCAGUGGCUCAAGUGCAGAAGACUUUCACUAAUGAAACAGAUAGGAAUCAACCUGAUUUAUAUCCAAAAUCACAAACAUUUAACUUUCCAGCUGUAAAUUUAAUGGGAAGGAGCCAAGUGCAGACUGAACCAUUAAAAAAACAGCCAGAAACAGCGCAAAGAAGAAAUGAUGGCUUAGUUAUGAAUGUUGGAGGUUUAAAUAACUGGAUUACAUCUGAUGGUUCAAUACCCUCUGGAGCCAUUUCCAAUCAUCAAGCUGGAGUACAAUACUGGUUUGCUCGAGGCAACCAGGAGCAGGCUACCAGUGAUCCUUUAAGAUGGAUGAGCUCAUCAGUGAAGAAUUCUGACCAUCUAAAUACACCAAACAGAGCAACUACUAAUCUACAGGGAUCUAUUCCUUCUGUCCAAGUCCCCAAAAGAGAGAAUCCCAAUGCUGCAGCUGCUCAGGCUUGGAUGUCUGUUGGAGGGAUUCCAAACAAACAAGCUGGAUCUGCUCCUUUCAGCCCCACUUGGAAAACCCCUGCUCCAGCUUCCAGGGUUCACGAAGAGGCAACUAUAAAACAAGAAAAUUCCCAAGUACAAACGAAAGGGCUGGUUAUUUUUCCUCAGCUGAUGACUACUGAUCUUUCAAAAUUGCGCUCUCCUUGGCAAGGUGUAGUGCAACAAAAUAAGCAGAAAGAUACACUGCCACCAGACUUGAACAUUAGUUUCCAACCCCCUGCAUCUCCAGCUCGGUCUUCUUCAGGCAUUCAUAUCGACUCCCAACAGCCAGACCUAGCGUUGCAGCUGUGAACGAAAAUGCUGAACUUUUAUCCUAUUCGGGUGCAGGAUGCCCUUUGAGAGCAUGAUAACAUGAUUGCAACUUUGCAAAAAGUUGUCCUGCUUCAGUGAUUUUGGCAUAGGCCUAGAUCGAGUAGAGCUAUUAGCCCAAAUAGAGAAAGAUGAGAGAUGAUGUUGAUAAACAAUUUGGUGUGGAUGGCCGUCUACUGUAGUGAAGAUUUUGGUGGCAGAAACUAAGGGGCAGAGAAGUGAACUGCUGAGAUUGGUUGGGUUUUGGCAGUGCUGGUUAUAGUACAUAUCUUCUGCUAGUUAGAUUUGCGGGAUUUGAUUUAUUUUGUUGUUCGACAGAAAUCAUUGUAUAUCAGGUUAGGAUGACUAAUCCUUUCUUGCAUUCAAGUUCUUUGUAACUGAAUAUAUCGCCUAUGUUUAUGUAUGUAUGAUGGAAAUGUAUGUUGUAAAUUGUUGAAGAGAACGGAAAUGGCUAUUAUUUCCCUCUUGAUGAAUCAGCCCUACCAGCGGCAUUUUAGUGAAAGAGGGAGAACUAGAUAAAUUCAGACAA